UUUGAUCCGCUUGGGUAACUCCUUUUCAUUUUCACAUUGUUCAGACUCCUGUAACUAUGUGUUUACCUUUCGCGCUGCGCAGCGUUAUGGACUAGUCUAUUUCAUUGUGAAAGUAUGGGGUGUAUGUGCAGGGACAGAUAACCAUGAACUGGACAUUUUAACUACUAUUUCAACGUAUUUCUUAGGAAUAUUCAUAAAAUGUACCAUACUUUUGAAGUGUUCAUGAAUCAUGAUAAGGGGCUUUUUCUUUUUUUUUUUUUGAGGUUGGUUGGGGGCCCCCCUACUACGACCACUGGUGGGGGGGCCCUAAGCAGCCGCCUACCUAUGCCUCCAUGUUAAGACCGCCCCGAGUACACCACACAGUUUUGUUUCACUCAUUUAUAAAGCACGGUGAAAAUGGAACAGUUCAUGGGUGCAUGGAAAUUAACUGCAAGCAAGAACUUUGAUGAUUACAUGAAGGCUGUAGGUAUUAGUACAGCAUCCAGGAAAAUUGCUAAUUUGGCCAAGCCAAUUCUGUUAUUCAGCAUCGAUGAUCAGGGGCUCAUAUCCAUGAAAACUACAACCACAUUCAAGACAGCGGAAAUAAAAUUCCGGUUGGAUGAGGAAUUCGACGAGCACACUGCAGAUGACAGGCAGGCAAAGACUGUUGUGAGACUGGUGGAUGGUAAACUCAUUCAAACACAGACCUGGAAUGGCAAGAGCACAACACUUGAAAGAGAAGUUCAGGAUGAGAAGCUGAUACUUAAAUGCAUCAUGGAUGACGUGGUGUGUAUAAGGACCUAUGAGAGAGAUGAGUGACCCACGUGUACAGACCUGCUGAAAAGAUAAUAGCUGGUUCCAAAAUGGCUCCAUAAUCCAAACAGCUUCUACACACCAUGCCAAGUACUCAAUGCCCAGGAGGCAACCAAGUGGAUUUCAGCACAAUAGCCAGCUACACUUUCAAUAGCUUGUGGCUCUUAAAAAAAAAAAGUUGUCAAUUAAAACAGUGAUCCCAGUGUUAUAAGACCAAACAAGAUGUCAAUAAAAUUGAAUAAAAUA